AUGACCUCACCCGCCAACCUCGAAUCGAGCCUGCAACCGCUGCCGCUGCAGGGGUUACGCGUACUGGAUGCCACGCACAUCGUGGCCGGGCCGUUUUGCGCGAUGAUCCUGGCGGACAUGGGCGCAGAGGUGAUCAAGAUCGAAAGGCCGGGCAGCGGAGACCGUGCCCGCGAGAACGAUCCUUUCGUGGAAGGCCCGGACGGUUCACAAGUGAGCGCCAGGUACUUGGGCGUGAACCGAAACAAGAAAAGUGUUGCGCUGGAUCUGCGGGAUCCGGUGGGCAAACGAGCAUUCGAAAACAUGGUGCGCGUUUCGGACGUCCUGCUGGACAACUGGGGCCCGGGCGCAAUGAGCCGCCUGGGGUUCAGCUAUGAACGGCUGAGCGAGAUCAACGCCGGCCUGGUAUACGCCAGCAUCAGCGGGUACGGGGACAGCGACGGAUUGCGCGGGCCCUACUCCAACUGGCCGGCGAACAACCCGUGCGUGCAGGGCAUGGGCGGGUGGAUGGUGACCACCGGGACGCCCGACAGCGGGCCGCAAAUGGUGGGCGACAACAUGGGUGAUUCAGUGCCGGGAGUCUGGACGGCGCUGGGGGUGAUGUUGGCGCUAGAAUCGCGGCGGAAGACCGGACUGGGGCAGCAUGUGGACAUGGCAAUGUAUGACUGCAUGGCGGCCCAUACCACGAGCAGCAUGCCGCUGUUCCAAUCCACGGGCCAGGUGACGACCACGGCCCGGGAGAACAUGUUCUCGGCGCAACUGACCCUGCGCGCGUCGGAUGGCUACGUGGUGCUGGCCGGGGCCGGCAACGCGGACGACAAGUGGACGGCGAUGUGGAACCUGGCCGGCCGGCCGGAGCUGGCGGCAGACCCGCGGUACCUGGGCCGGGGAGUAACGGGGCCGUUCUACAUCAGUCACAUCGUGCCCGCCAUUGAGGAAUGGUCCCAGAAUAUCCCGAAACGGGAGCUGAACCAGCACCUUCUGGAUUGCGGGUUUUCCAUGGGCAUCGUGCAGGAUGCGGCGGACCUGGACAGCUGCCCGCACCUGGCAAGCAGGAACAUGUUCGUGGAUAGCGGCGACACCUACGGUGGGUCAUUCCGCACGGUCAACACCCCGGUGCAGCUCACGGGAUGCGUCGAUACGCCGGUAAUUCCGCCGCCGACGCUGGGUGAACACAACCACGACGUGCUGUGCACCAUUGGCGGGUUGACGGCGGAAGAAGUGAUCCGGCUGGAAGCAGAAGGCAAAGCCUGA